UGGGCUUCCCGACAGAGGAUGACUGAGGCAGAUUCCAGUCACGCCCCUUGGGGCCCUCCAGAAUGAAGUCUUAGGAUAAACCCGAGGAAUCACUGCCCCGCUGGGAAAUCAGAACCAACACUCAACACCAGGUUUGCCAAGCUGACACCUCACCAGGGAGGCAGCUGGCUACACUGCAGGCGAAAGAAAAGGCGAGGAUGGGAAUUCGCCCCCCUCCUGAACUUUGAAAUGCUUUACCUGAUCGGUUUGGGCCUGGGAGAUGCCAAGGACAUCACUGUCAAGGGCCUGGAAGUUGUAAGACGCUGCAGCCGAGUGUAUCUGGAAGCCUAUACCUCAGUCCUGACUGUAGGGAAGGAAGCCCUGGAAGAAUUUUAUGGAAGAAAACUGAUUCUUGCUGAUAGAGAAGAAGUGGAACAGGAAGCAGAUAAUAUUUUAAAGGAUGCUGAUAUCAGUGAUGUCGCAUUCCUUGUAGUUGGUGAUCCAUUGGGGGCUACAACACACAGUGAUCUUAUUCUGAGGGCAACAAAACUGGGAAUCCCUUAUCGAGUUAUUCACAAUGCUUCCAUAAUGAAUGCUGUAGGCUGCUGUGGUUUACAGUUGUAUAAGUUUGGAGAGACAGUGUCUAUUGUUUUUUGGACGGAUACUUGGCGACCAGAAAGCUUCUUUGACAAAGUGAAGAAGAACAGACAGAGCGGCUUGCACACAUUGUGCUUACUGGACAUCAAAAUAAAGGAGCAGUCUUUGGAAAAUCUAAUCAAGGGAAGGAAGAUCUAUGACCCUCCUCGGUAUAUGAGUGUAAACCAAGCAGCCCAGCAACUUCUGGAGGUUGUUCAGAAUCAGCGAAUCCGUGGAGAAGAUCCAGCAAUCACCGAGGAGACACUCUGUGUUGGCUUAGCCAGGGUUGGAGCUGAGGACCAGAAAAUUGCAGCAGGCACUUUGCAGCAGAUGUGUACUGUGGACUUGGGAGGACCACUGCAUUCCUUGAUUAUCACAGGAGGCAGCUUGCAUCCACUGGAGAUAGAGAUGCUGACUCUGUUUUCCAUACCAGAAAAUAGCUCAGAAUCACAAAGCGUUGAUGGGCUCCGAACAUAGACCGUUUCUCUUGUGAGACGUUAACGUCAGUCAUGUAUGCACCUACACGUAUUUGUAUAACAAAUCAAACAGGCCUUUUGGUUUACAUAAUAAGUAUAAAGCAAGUGACCAAGAAGAAAGGUGUUGACUCACAGUGCUUGGUUUCCUGUGGCAGUGAAUUUUUCCCUGUGACAUCAUCAGUUGCUGCGGUUUUGGCAGUUUUUCAGGAUGUGCAUACAUGGAGCAGACCAAACUGGAAAACUUGUAGACAGACAUCCAUAGGCAGAAUUAUUGAGGAGCAAUUUUUGUUUAUGAAACCAGUUUAUACAAGGUGGAACUUUCUUCCUUCUUCCAAAGUCAGCUGUACUGACUGCGAGAUAAGUUGUCCUGACAGCGUUUGGCAUUAAUGCAGGUAAACAGAGGUGGGAGGAGUAAGUCCCCACCCAACACUCUUACUUAAAGCUCAGCUGAGUACAUGCCACACAGUGACAUCCUUUUGAAUUGUCUUGUCGCGUUUAGCUGACGUCCUAAUUAUGUGGCUCAUGUUCUGCUGUAUUUUGGAGGUUGUAUAAUGGUUGAAUUAUGAAUGUUCAGCCAGCCAUGUAUAGUUGCUGCUUGGUCUCAGUUAGCAUCUUUCACAUCCAAAUUGACAAAUGGAAAACUUGCUGACUACAAAAUAAAAUUCAAAUAAAAUUAAGUUUGAAGACAACAAUGGAUUAGUCAAGAUUUGUCAUAUCACUUAACAGUUAAUACAGUUCUACGUGUAUGCAAGUAGCCACAGUCUUCUUCCUAGUUGUAAAUCACACUCCCAUUUUUUAUAUUUCAUGACUAUAAAGUUUUGUACUUUUCCAGUUUAUAACAGAAAUAGCUUUACUACGUGUUAGUUUAGUUGGUCUAACUCUGAGUACAGUUGACCCUUGAAGAACACAUGUUUGAACUGCACGGGUCCACUUGUACACAGAUUUUUUUUUCACUUAAUACAUCCUACAGUACUACACAAUCUGGUUGGUUGAAUCCACAGGUGGUUGAAUCCAUGGAUGUGGAACUGUGGAUGUUUUCAACUUAAUGGAGCGUCAGUGCCCCUAACCCCCACAUUGUUCAAGGUCAGUCAGCUGUGUUUCCAUGUUCUAAUCAAUUUAUCUGACCUCUUUGUUCAGUAAAUUCAUUGGAAGUUGAGCAGAUACUUCCCUAUUUUCUGGAAGCAUCAAUUAAAAAGAGAUUCUUUUGAGUUAUUUCAUUUCAGUUGUGAUAAAAAGAUAUCUUAAUAUAUGUGAAACAAUCUGUUUUCAAUCUGUUGGACACAAGAGGGAAGAGAGCCAAAGGAUAUUUAAGUACUAGUUCUACCAGUAUUUUCUUCCAAGGCGUUAAAUUAAAUGUUGAAGAAUAAUAAAAUGAAGGCCUUCUGCUUUUGGUUGUAGUGAAAUAGCUUUUAAUGGACAAACCUUGGCACUGGGGAGUGACCAGAAUAGCCUGAGAGCUCUGCUUCUAUGACUUUUCCCUGAGGGCAUUCACCAGUCUGUCUGGUUGAGGGGAGGGCUAGAGCUCAUGAGAAAGCCGCAGUCUUACAGGCUUGAGGUGUUAGAGGAGUUGGGACUGCUGGAUGAGCUGAAAUUGAAGGAAGAGAUCCUAGAAAUGAAGAUGGUGCUGAGGAAGAAGGCUUCCAAUCUGUGUAUAAUUUCCCCUUAAAUCUAACUCCUGCGUUGUGCAUGUGCAGGGAAGGCUCCGAUGACUCUGGUGGAGAGCCAUAUCUGGAAGGCUGAAAAAGCUGAGCAGAAAUUUUUGCUCUGUGUCGCAAGAGAAAACAGAUUUGAAUCCCGGUAAGUUGGAAGGCUUGAUAAGUACCUCAGGCUUUCCAUCAAAUCCCUAGAAUGGUUGUGUAUUAUUAGCGAUAAAGGUUAUGCCCGGGACUAAGGAUUUGUGCUAAAACUAAAGACAGAAUCUUUAACGUAAUGUAAAAUCAAGCCUCCAUAAAAUCGAGGUGACCGGCCAAUAAUUUAACUGCCUGCUAGGACGAAGCCUAUCACUUCCACCACAUGAUAAUGAAAUGAAUCUAUCGAUCAACAAUGCCUGGAAUGUUUUAAAAUACUAUGCGGCAUGCAGUGAAACAGGAAGAUAUGACUAUGGUCCAAAAGAAAAAAGCACGCAGUAAAAAGAUCCUAAAAUAAUCCAGGUACUGGAAUUAGCAGACAAGGAUUCCAAAGCAGCUGUUAGAACUAUGUUCAAGGAUAAAAAGGGAAAGUGAUUGUAACAAAUUAAUAUAAAUGGGUACUCUCAGCAGAGAAAUGGAAGCAAAGAAAAACCCAAAUGGACUAAAUAGCAGAGCACAGGUAACAGGUGAAUAGAAAUUGCCCUAUCUGAGGAAUGUAAAUAAAAAAAGCUCAGAACCUCAGUGCCAUGUGGAGCAAUAUCAAGCAGUUCAAUAUAUAAGUAACUGGAUCCCAGAAGAACAGAAAGGAGACAGGGCAGAAAAAAAUAUGAGUGAGUAAAGGCCAAAAUUUUCCCAAGUUUGGUGAACCUAUGAGUACACAGGUCCAGUAAGUUCAGUGAACUCCAAGAAGAAUAAAUAGAGAAAACCAUACCUAACAAACAGAUCACAGUUAAAACUGACGAAAAUUAGAGAUGAAAGAAUCAGUAGGGGUUGUUCUCAUCGGAAACAGUGGCCGUCAGAAGACAAUGGAAAGACAAAAUCUUUACAGAAAUUUAAGAGCAAAACAAAACCCGAUCAGUCCAGUGUUCUAUAUCCAGUAAAAAUAUCCUUCAAAAAUGAAGGCAAAGCAAUCUUCGUGAAAACAGAGUUUGUCACUAGCAGACCUGCACUGCAAGGAAAGCUGAGGGAGGUUUCUUGGGCUGAAGGUAAAUGACAUCAGAUAGAAGGGAGGAAAUGAGUAUUUAAAUGUAAGUGACUGUCAGGUUUUCUUUGCUUCACAUUUUUAAAAGACAGCUAACAAUUUAACAUAGUGUGGCAUAUAUUUGGCUGUAAAAUACAUAAGUACAUAAACAUAUAAAUAUAUAAAAAAUAUAAAACAAUAAUGGAAGUUGCAGGUGUUAAAGGGAAUUAUACAGCUGUGGGGUUCUUACAUUUUAUUUAAAGCAGCAGAAUACUAACUGCAAGUAGACUGUGAUAAGGAUGUGUAUUGUAAUCCCUUGGCAGCCACUAUCAAAACAAAACAAAACGCAUGGCAGAAGUAAAAUAAAUAAAUAUAAGAGGAAUUAAAAUUGAAUCCUGAAAGAUAUAUGAUUAACCAAAAGCGGGCAGGAAAGGAGGAAAUAAAGGUCAAAAAAGAUAGUGAGGUGGGAAGCCCCAUAAAAAAAGAUGGGCAGGCAGGGCAGGGCCACUACUCUCCUGCCAGUACCAUCCGGUUCCCUGGCCCAGACGCUCUGUCUCACUUUUUGCCUCUGAAACGGCUUACUUCUAGGAAAGUGGAACUUACUCCUAGAAUUCUAUUGGUUCCCUGAGCUCACUUGUGAUUGGUUAUUUCUCUCCCUCCUGAUUGGUCCAUUUCUACAAAGCCUGUUCCUAAUUAGUCAACUUUUCUUAUACCUUAUUUGCAUAUGAUGUUGCAAAGUGUAAACUGGCAGCCUAUAAAAGCCUGUGUAAACCUACAGACGGGGUCCAGAGCUUGGAGUGUUAAAUCCCCUGGGCCCGCUGGCGAAAUAAACCUGGGUUCUCCAA